UCCAGUAUCUAGAAUUUUGCAUGUGAUUGGUAUGUUUUAACUAAGAUUUUGGUUAGUAAUAUGCAAUUUACUUGUUCUGUUUCCCCUGAGUAUAAAGGAUUUUUAAAAAGAAAAAUAUGUGCUUUGAAUUAGCUUGUUAACCAGCUGUAUAAUUCUCUUCAGUCAAAGCUUAAGUACUGAUGUCAUUUUUGAAGCGUAAACAAGUGUAGGCACAUGCAUACAUGCUUCUCAAAGCCUCCCUUUUCAGGGACAAAGCCCUAAAAUUGCACACACUGAUGGCCCAGGAAUUAAAGUGGUUGUGGAAUUUAGCUUCAAGAGAUUUGAUUAGCACCUAGAUGUUUUGCCUUUGUGUUACAAAUUUUCUUGUCUGCUUACAGGUAAGUGCAGUAUCUGAGUGGGUGAACCAAGAAACAGUGAUUGAACAAGUAAAGAAUGGGGUAAAGUACAGAGAGGCUCUUGUCAAGUGGGAUGAAGCACUUCAGUUAACUCCAGAGGAUGCUAUGCUUUAUGAGAUGAAAUCACAGGUCCUGAUGUCUUUACAUGAAAUGUUCCCAGCAGUGCAUGCAGCAGAAAUGGCUGUCCAGAGAAACCCACGUUCCUGGGAUGCCUGGCAGACUUUGGGACGUGCCCAGCUUGGAUUAGGAGAGAUAGCACUGGCAAUCCGAAGCUUCCAGGUAUCCUUACACAUCUUUCCAAUGAACCCUGAAGUAUGGAAUGAAGACCUUUCCUGGGCAAGAAAACUACAGGAACAGCAGAAGGCCACAAAGACUGAGUCAGUGCAAGCACUGGCAAAAGGAAAAGAGCUUGUACAAGAGUCAAUCCCAGACUAUGACUUUGAAAGUGAUGAAAUUGUGGCAGUCUGUGCUGCCAUUGCAGAGAAGGAGAAAGCUCUUUCAGCAGCUAAAACAAUGGUAAUUGUGUCUGCUUCAGGCACAGUAGAGACUGUUACUGAGCAGGACAAUUGUCCUGCAACUCCUGAUGAAACCCUUUUCAUCAAGGCCCGGUAGGGCAGCCUGACAGGUUGUCAUACCCAUAGUUAAAAGAACUGCUAUUAUUUAUUGUAUUUUUCUUGCUUUGUGUUUUUUCUUUUUUUAUUAAAUGGUAGGAUAGCCUACAAAAGUUAAAGAAUUGAGGUUAUUUUUCUUUCAUUAACUAAAAAAGCAAUGACCUGAGUUGUUCUUCCAUCCAUAUUUUUAGAAAAGAAAGCCAAGAGUUGAUUCUAGAAAUUUUAAAUUCUUAAGAACAAAUGUAAUAUUGAAAUGCUUGACUUGAUUCUAACAGCUACCUUUAUCUUUGUGUAUUUCAUAACUUUACAAGUUAAUUUGUACAUUUUCCAAGUAAUUAGGAAAGUUUUAUUUAAACUGUAAAAGUGCUGUGGUUUAUCCCCAGCUGGC